AGGUGUCCCAACUCCCAAGCUUUGCCCGGACUCCGUCUCGCAUCACCUCUUCACUCCUCGUUGAGUGGCUAUGCAGGGGCUGUGACGUUGCACAAAGCCUCUCUCCUUUCUUGCUGCAUCACAACCGCCGCUAGUAGCUCCCUGGCUAUUUGCACUGACCGGGGGACAGGAUAAUCGCAUAGUUAAUUAGCAUAAUAAUAACUCUAACGAUAACACUAGCUAACAUCACCACAACAGGAGUAAUCUACGGAAACGAUUUACAUUGAGCUAUCCCCUUGGAACCGCUGGGUCAUGGCCAGACAAGAUCAGGUCCUGCUCUUGGAGCCACAGCACGAACUGAAAUUCCGAGGUCCCUUCUCGGAUGUGGUCAACACCACCCUAAAGCUCGCCAACCCUACAGACAGGAAUGUGUGCUUCAAAGUCAAGACGACGGCCCCGCGCCGUUACUGCGUCCGGCCAAACAGCGGCGUCCUCGACGCCGGCACCUCAAUCAACGUCUCAGUGAUGCUGCAGCCUUUCGACUACGACCCCAACGAGAAAAGCAAACACAAGUUCAUGGUGCAGUCCAUGCUGGCCCCACCCGAAAUGACAGACAUGGAGGGAGUGUGGAAGGAGGCAAGGCCAGAAGAGCUGAUGGACUCCAAACUGAGGUGUGUCUUUGAGCUGCCGGCGGAGAACGAGAAAACGCACCAAGACCCGGAUGCCAACAAGAUGAUGUCGUCCAACCUGCUCAAGUCAGAGUCCUCCACACUGUCCAUGAAGUCCAUGAGCUCCACCCUGGACGACGGCGAGGUCAAGAAGGUCAUGGAGGAGUGUAAGAGGUUGCAGACGGAGGCACAGCGGCUACGGGAAGAGAACAAGCAGAUCAGGGAAGACGAUGGCCUGCGGAUGAGGAAGAGCAAUGUGUUGUCCUCCUCCCAGCACUCCUCCCACUCCAUGGUGAAGGAGGAGGGGCUGAGCCUGCGCACAGUGGCCCUCAUCGUGCUCUUCUUUGUGGUCGGAGUCAUCAUCGGCAAGUUGGUCUUGUAAGAGCAAGCGGCGAGCGAGAGACGGCCAACCGCAUGCUUUUGGGGGAUUGAAACAAACGGAUUUGGGAUUUUUUUAAAUUCAGAAAUGCCAUAUCAAUGGGGUAGUUUUGAAUCGUUCAUUUAUGUACAAAUAAAAAAAGAUACAAAUCAAAAUUCCAUGUUAUGAACAAACCAACGAGAGAAAAAACAACAACAACUUGUUACAAGAUCUCUUUAAUCAUAACAUAAUCAUUCUGGCCUACGCCACAGAUACAGUAGGAAGGAGUAAAAUGCAGAUCAUUGAUAGUCACUGAAGUGAAGGAUUUUCUAAACACCGUGGGGGGGUGGGGCCUUGCGAUUGAGUCAGUUUGCAUUGUGUGAAUGAAUGUUUUCACGGAUUGUCAUUUAUUUUCACAAGUGGCCACAGGCCGUAGGCAUACUCUGUGUAGUGAAUCCAUAGUAACCCUGGAUUAAAGUAAUACCAGGUGGGCAGCACUCUUUUUUUCUCACCUCCUUUACAACACGAUUGACAGGGAGGCUUCAGGAAGUAGAUGGGAUUAUGCACAGGGCUACUGUCAACCAAACUGACUCUUCCAAUCAGAGGCUUUGUAUAGACCGUCUCCCCUGUGAUUGGGGAACAUCCUUAAUCGACACAACAACCCCCUCCUCCAUCUCCCCAUUCUCUGUUUUUCCAAGCUAGAACAUUUCCCUCCUUUUGAUCAUAAAUACCUGAGUUGGCAGUAUAUUCUUGAUUGCAUGCGUCCACUAAAGAGCAUUGCAUUUUUUGGGACAUUUUAAAUUUAAUUGAAUUGCUUUCAUCAUUGUGAUGUUUCUUUUCAGCCUUAGAUUUUCUCAACUCAACCUUCAGAUUUUUUUUCUUUUCUUUUUUGUGAUAAAGUUUUUUUGGUUUUUAGGGUUUGAGUUAUUAUUAAAAAAAUUAUGCAGCUAAAUGAACUCCGGAUGGGUUGGGACUGAGUCACUGAAUAGCCUACUUACUUUGUGACUGUUAUUAGCACGUUAUUCUAGAAGGAAAGCAGGGAGAGAGGGAAUGAGGAAAGGUACUUAUAGAAGUGAGUUUUGUUGAGGUUUUUGUCGGUUUUCUUUUUUCUUCUCCAAGCUGUACAUUUGUUGAUCUGUCAGGCAGAACUGUCAUUUAAAUGGUUUAUGCAGUCCGUUCACCAUGCUGUGACUGUCCACGUAACUCUUAAAGAACAUUUCUCCAACUGUAUGGUCAUGGUCAUUGGCUUCAUUCACCCCACUACGGUCAGCAUCGAUAGGUUUGGAUCUUUAACCGUUAUAGUUAUCACUGCACUCAUGUUCAUUUUAAUGCACUAUAUUCUCAACAAUGUUUUUUUUCCCCAGUAUCUAUCAAUGUAACUGUUUUGUUAGCUGACAUGUCUCUGCAUUUAACUCACAAGAAAAGUAAAACAUACUAAACUAUAUUGUGAAGGGACCAUUCUGCCUUUUGUGUUUGUCCCUACUGUCUUUGAUUGCUUUGUCCUUAAUGUGAUUCAUGUCAAAAAUGCAAUACACUCAAUGUCUUUCAUGUCACUGUCGCAGAUUAUGGAUAACAAAAAUUAACUUGCCGAUGAAAGUAGGAAUUCGAGGAAAGAGCGAGGGAGAGAGUAACCUACUGUAUCUACGUGUGACUGAGCAUAACCUCCUGUAUCUACGUGUGACUGAGCAUAACCUCCUGUAUCUACGUGUGACUGAGAGUAACCUACUGUAUCUACGUGUGACUUAGAGUAACCUACUGUAUCUACGUGUGACUGAGAGUAACCUCCUGUAUCUACGUGUGACUGAGAGUAACCUCCUGUAUCUACGUGUGACUGAGAGUAACCUCCUGUAUCUACGUGUGACUGAGAGUAACCUCCUGUAUCUACGUGUGACUGAGCGUAACCUCCUGUAUCUACGUGUGACUGAGCGUAACCUCCUGUAUCUACGUGUGACUGAGCAUAACCUCCUGUAUCUACGUGUGACUUAGAGUAACCUCCUGUAUCUACGUGUGACUGAGAGUAACCUCCUGUAUCUACGUGUGACUGAGAGUAACCUCCUGUAUCUACGUGUGACUGAGCGUAGCCUCCUGUAUCUACGUGUGACUGAGCAUAACCUCCUGUAUCUACGUGUGACUGAGAGUAACCUACUGUAUCUACGUGUGACUGAGAGUAACCUCCUGUAUCUACGUGUGACUGAGAGUAACCUCCUGUAUCUACGUGUGACUGAGCGUAGCCUCCUGUAUCUACGUGUGACUGAGCAUAACCUCCUGUAUCUACGUGUGACUGAGCAUAACCUCCUGUAUCUACGUGUGACUUAGAGUAACCUACUGUAUUUACAUGUGACUGAGAGUAACCUACUGUAUCUACGUGUGACUGAGAGUAACCUCCUGUAUCUACGUGUGACUGAGCGUAACCUCCUGUAUCUACGUGUGACUGAGAGUAACCUACUGUAUCUACGUGUGACUGAGAGUAACCUACUGUAUCUACGUGUGACUGAGCAUAACCUACUGUAUCUACGUGUGACUGAGCAUAACCUUCUGUAUCUACGUGUGACUGAGAGUAACCUACUGUAUCUACGUGUGACUGAGAGUAACCUACUGUAUCUACGUGUGACUGAGAGUAACCUCCUGUAUCUACGUGUGACUGAGCGUAGCCUCCUGUAUCUACGUGUUACUGAGAGUAACCUACUGUAUCUACGUGUGACUGAGAGUAACCUACUGUAUCUACGUGUGACUGAGCGUAGCCUACUGUAUCUACGUGUGACUGAGCGUAGCCUACUGUAUCUACGUGUGACUGAGCAUAACCUACUGUAUCUACUUGUGACUGAGCGUAGCCUACUGUAUCUACGUGUGACUGAGCGUAGCCUACUGUAUCUACUUUUGUGAAGCAUGACUGCUUAGAGGGAGGGCAGAACAGGUCUGAGCUGAGCUUCUCUGUCCCAAUGGUUGUGAAAACACUAAAAUUGACCUGUCUACCAUCGUGCUCCAUGUAAGCAGUCGGCAACUGUUUUGUAUGUAUAUAAAUAAGUCUAAGAAAAAUUCCUAUUCCUCAUCAAGUAGUCAGUCUAUGGUGUUAUACCUUGAUGGACUAUGUAGCAUCUUAAUAAUUUAAAUGAAUAAAGACCCUACCUAAUUC